GAGAGGAAAGACAUAUCUGAUAUUAUAAACCUUGAUAAAAGCAAGGCUGCAACACUUCCUGAACUUAAGAUCAGAACAUCUAAAGGGCCUUUGGAUGUAGGCCGGAACACAUCAGCACCCAAAGAGAUGACACAGAAAGUGAACGUGAAGAAAUCUUCUCUAACUUCCGGAAGUGCUGAAUUAAAUAGGAACAACGACCAUCACGCACAUCAAAGUGAUGUGGAUGACAAACCAGUAAUUGAUAAGACAGUUGUGAUGCUUGAGUGUGAGAAGCCCUCUUUUCCUAUUGUACAUCCAUCACAAGAAAAUAUGGGUGUACAAAAGGAGCGUUAUGACAAUCAUGACAAUUUAGAGAAAACUGACGUGAUGUCAGAGUACGCAGCUAUUCGUGCACCAGCUUCACCCAUGGAAGGAGUUGAUAUAGAACCCAUUCAAAGCCAAUUACAAGAGCAACCCAGGGUUUACGAGGUUACGACAAGUUAUGCAGAGAAUGAACCACCCAAAGUAUAUUUUAGUGCUACGAUGGGGAAUGAGUAUUGGAAAUUUGAGUUCUCAGUUUUUAAUUCAAGAGGGUUCCCUAUCUUGGCCUUUAAUUCAAUCUUGGGGUAUAAAAAGAUUCAUAAUUUAUCUGUAAAUGGAUUGAAGAAACAAUCCAUUGGAUGCAAUGCUAAAGGCAUUAGCAUUUGGAUUAUUAAUUUCACUAUUGCUCUUUUCUAUUACUGUUGCUGA